GAGAAAAGUAAGGAAGUGGAGGUUGUUCUGAUGGAUGAACAAAUAGCACAUCUGACUUUCAUGUGGGAAACGUAAGUUUACAUCCAGCGAUAGACCUACAAUGAAUGUUUGAUCUUACCCUGACCUGCAUGGUUUUAGUUGCUUAACCUCAACCAUACCGUAACCGUAGUUUCUUUGCUAUAACCAGGAUCUUUUUCCAACCCUAACUAUAUCCUAGUUGCCUUUCACAGAUACUGCAGAAAAAUCAUUUUAAAAACACAUCAAAUCUUAAACUACAUUGUAAUUCAAACUAAUUUGGUGUUUAGUUGACAGGUGACAGGGUUUGAACAAAAGGAUCAGCAAGAAGGAUUUUAUGAGCCUAUUGUCUGACCACACAGAUUGUUUUAGCUCCCUUCUUUGUUAUCCUGCAACAAUUUCUAGUUCAAAAAGAUUGAUUACAAUUUUGUCUUCUCUUCCCUAUGUUUUCCUCUCCCUUUGUCUUGAUGAUGUUGUAUGUGGAGGUGAGCUAUCCAUGGGCGAGCUCCAGGAUCCCUUCCUAGUCAGUGUCCAUCUCAUCGCCGACCCGGGCCAGGGCAAGUUCCUGCAGCGUGCUGCCGAUGCUGUGCUGGCAUGGGUCCACCCUGAGCUGCAGCUCUUCAGAGUCUCAGAGCGGGCCUCCGUCUCCCAUCGGUCCUGGCCCAAGCACCAUCAAAAUGGCAGCCCGGCUGCAGGCUGCCAGCCAGCCUUAGCAGUCAUCCUCUUCCUCCAGGAGGCAUAUGGUGGUGAGGAGCAGAUACUGAUGCUGCACCGAGCUCUGCAGAGGCCGCCUUGGCGAUACCACCACACAGAAAAAGUCAGCAAUGGCCGGCGGAUGCUGCCGCUCACACCGUGCAGUCAGGAUUUUUUCACUCUUUCUCCUGGAACACCACUCUGGGCAGUGCGACAGGUGCAUUACGGGAAAGAAAUUGUGCGAUUUACUGUUUACUGCCGACAUGAAAAUUAUGUCGACAUGGUGCGGCUGUACAAGCUGCUGCUCCAGCGCAGGGUAGCGCAGAAGAAGGAGGACUUUUGCUUCUUUGUAGUGUACUCCAACCCAGAUAUGGAGAUCCAGUUGUCAUUUAAGAGGCUGCCGCGAGGUCAGAGUCCAGUGGUGCUGGACUCAGCGGUGAUGGAGGUGAGGGUACGGGACGUUGGAACACUGGUGCCCCUGCUGCCACACCCCUGCAGCCCAAUCAGUGAGGUCCGCUGGCAGACGGAGGACUACGAUGGGAAUAAGAUCCUCCUGCAGGUCCAAAGUGCGCACUUCAAACACGGACAGGAUCCCUGCCACAUAUCAUCCACUGUUACUGAAUCAGCCUCGGCUCCAUCUACCUUCACCCGCAGCACCGCCUCUUACAGGAACCGGCGGCAUCAUCACCGAGUGACGUCCCACACCAGAGUCCACCAGACCUCCCACAGCUCCCUCCCUCUGGCCUGUGAGGAGCCAGAUGAGCAGGAGCAGUGGCCUGACCGGCACCAUCCGGACAGCUGGAGGACCCAGUGGAGGGGCCACCAGUCCGGCUCCCUCUUCUCUCUACCCAACCUCGGCUCAGCCAGCUCCCGCUCCACCUGCUCCUCUCCUGGGCCUUCUCCCAGUCCCCAUCACAGGAGCCACUCCCUUAACAGGAGCUCCUCCCUCAUCCCGCCCUUCCGGCUCAACGUGGACGCUCUGAUUGGGGCAGAGGAGACAGAUGUGGACACAGGGGACAAAGUAAAGCCAGGCAGCGGUGUGGACUUUACAGUGGUGUCUGCGUACAUCAAAUCCAGCCUGCCACAGACUUGUCGGCCGUUAUCAGCGCCGCCCGAAGACAUCAGCCCCUCCCUCUCUCCGGGCAUCCCAGAGAACGCCUACAAGGCAGCAACACUGGGCCGGACUCCAAACAACUUCUUCACUAACAGCACUCCCUCUAACUUCCUGGGGUUGUGUCCCCAAAGCACUAGUGUGACCACAAGUGCUGCUCCGUCAUUGAGCGACGUGUCCAUAAACCAGUCUGACAGUUGCAGCAUUAUCAGUGCACCAGUUGAAGAGGCAGAGAAGGCGGAAGAAGAAGAAGAAGAAGAAGAAGACCAAGAAUUCUACAUCUGAUCGGCUGCUGUAAGCAGAGGCAACUCACUCUCACCAGUAAUGACAGACUUCAGGGCUGAGACAGUCAAAACAGCUCUACUCUGCCCACUGGUGUUUGAUAGUAAAACUACAGGCCAGUGACAGUACCAACUGGAUCACAGCACAAACUGUAUUUAAUGUUCUCGUGUAUUUGUGAAUGUUGUUCUUUUUGUUUUUUUUGUUUGUUUUUUUGCAUGUAAAUUUAAGCGUCUUACAUUUCAGGGCAUAUAAGUAAAUGAUGUUACACAUUUAAAGGACCAAUCAAAUAACUGUGUACAGAAACACUAAUCAAUAAAAUUAUUUCCCUUUUAAGUGGGAUACACACCGCUACUAUAAGGGAAUUUACACACCUUGAUUCUCCGAUUUAUUUACUUUUAGUUUAAUCAAAACUGUAGUUUUGGUUUGAGCAUGAAUCUGAGUAUAUUAUCAUUAACUUUAUAUACAGGAACACAUAUAGUGAGAAUGACAACAAACUGAUUGGCAAUAGGUUUGCAGUAAUAGAUACAAAAAGUGUCUAAACCAGUCCAGAUAUUAAACAACUUAAAUUUAUAAAAGAAACUUAAGGUUCUGAGAGCUGAUACCAUCAGUCAGCUGACAGACAACAAACAAAUUAAGCAGCAAAACUAGCUGGUCCUGAGGUAAAUGGAUGUCAUGAGUGUUUUCUUUACAAACACUAACCUGAAGCAGAUGACUGUGCCGUGAAGUGUCGUGAACCUGAAGUGUGACUUGUAGAGCUGUGGUUCAAAGGAUUAUCAUUAUCUAAAGUACUGUUAUGCCUUCUGCACCAGCUAAGUACACAGGUGGGGAACAGUGAGAGCUCCCACCAAAACCAUGUUGUUGCCACCUACUGGCGUGGAGUGCAGACUGUUUUGUUGGCCAUUUUGGAGCAGCUGACAGACAGCCCCUGCAACAGCUGCACAUUAUCAUUCACCUGGAGUCAUGUUUGUUUCCACCUGAUGAAUGUAAGUUCAUGUAGUGUAGAAGUGUAAAUUUCAAUAAAAAAAUAUAACAUCAGUAGCAGAAGUUGAAAUAAGAUACUGUCAGGCUAAGUCAGGCCAAGGUAGUAAACUUUGCCCAGGCACAUUUAAAAAGUGUCGGCUUGAAUGCUUUUAAAGAGAAUAAAAUAAUAAUGAGAAGAAAACAUUAACCUAAAUUAUCCUUGACAAAUUAAAAACAAAAAUACAGCAGGCACAGAAAUCUACAGAACAAUAAAGACAUACUUUAGGUGAUCAUGUAAUUAUAGCAGCAUUUUUAAAAAUUCUGUAGAGAUCUGGUCAGAAAAUGAGUCCAUGUCAAAUGUCUGCGGCAGACAAGAGGAUGUGAAACACACCUUAGGGGGCGUUCCUCAGGCAUAAAUGCUUAGGCCUCCCCAUGUUUGGGGUCUUUCUUCACUCUUACCGCUU